GGGAGGAGAGAAGAAGAGCAUAAACAUCGCGAGUUCUCUGAUUUGCUUAAUCUCUUAAUUAAUGUAUGACUAACCCUCCCUGGAAUACUGACAAUAUACAGUAGGCUUGAAAGCAUUUUCACUCAUGUUCUACAUUAAUUGAUGAAUGAAAAAAAAAAGGGGCAAGGUUUUUCUUUCAGUAUUUAUCUUGUAGAAAGAUUACUUUGUAAAAUCAGGAACCCAGUGUGAGCCAAGUAAAAGACCAAAGAAUAAUAAGAAGAAUGUGGUUACAUAAGGGAAAUGAAAAUGGUUCAUGAACUGCCUCAGUCUGGCAAGCGCCGUCUUUUGUUUGAUUUCAACAGAAGAAGAAAAAACACACUGAAUGUCUGAUUUUAAAAAAUGUGUUAAAAGAACAACAGUGUGCCAUCUACUUUUCUUUAUGCAGGUCUCAGUCUUUGUUCUUUCUUUAUGCUUAACAAGCCAAUGAGGGAUAAUGGCUAUUUCCUGGCUCGCCACCAUGAGUGGGCCUUAAUAUUCUGUCCAUGGUUGCGGGGUAUGUUUUUUUCUCUGGGCCAGACUCAUUCAGAGGUCAUGGAGACGUCGCGCAAAUAAUGGCCCUGCCUCUACGCUCUUCUGACCUACUUUGCAUUGUUACCGCCAAACAUGACAUGUGGGUCUCUAUCGAUGAAAAGAAACAUCGUACACUUGUAACACGCAGUAAGUAUGGCAUUGACCUGGCCACAUCGCGGACACACAAGCAUUUGCUGUAUGCGAUGUAAUGUGUUUGAGCAGCGUGUGAUGUGAUGUGUGUGAAUAUCUUUGCCAUUAGAGUUCAAAGUAUAGUUAAAGCGGUGAGAUAAAACACAAAAGACGCUGGCAGAAGAGGUGGCUGUCCAAUUAGAGAAGGAAUGAAGGAAUGACUGAUUGUUCCCUGGCCGCGAGUGUUGUGAGGUGGAUGGAGUGUAGUGGACAAAGAAGUCAUUGGGUGGUUCACCUUCAACACAGACACACACUCAGCACGUUGGAUCAGGCGAUACACUCACAAAUGCGUGGCAACCCGCUAUCUUUGGAAUGCGAGGUCAGCCGGCAGUGGGAGAAUCUGCUCUGUGCGGAGUUCACUCGCUCUGCCACUCAGGCGGCUUGCAUCACCUUUGUUUGGGCCAGAAAUGCAUCAAACAGACUUAUUAGUAUCACACUGAUCCCAUUACCAUUGCACCCCCUUGCGUGUGGCUCCCCGCUGCCCCCUGCCGUCAGGUAACACCACUUGUUUCAAGUGGACUGAAUGGGAUGUGCAGCAGUUCAACAUGUGGAGCUCCAAAAGUUGAAUCAUAUACAGUGUUAUUAGGUUUUUUUUUCCCUUAUGGCAAUGUGAUGCAUUCGAGCUUUGCAUCUGCUGAGGUGUUGCCACCACCAGCCCCCCCCCCCCCUGUCAUUGAAUGAAUGAAGGGCUGACGCGUGUCAACCCCCCCUCGUAGUGCACGAGCCUCCACCCAUCGACCACCUCGGCAUGCGGCGACACCAGGGCACGUGUUUCUUCACACCUCGCACCCAAAUGGCUGCGCAGACCGAGAUACUGAGGAGAGGUGGAGAGGUGGAAGGAGCUCAACGACAUUUCAUAACGUAAUCUCAUAGACGUAAAACUCAAUCAUUAAUCCAUGAAGGUGCCGUGUAUCCAUCCUCAUUCGAAUCAUGUUACCUUACCUCUACCUGGUGGACUGAAAUGGUCCCUGCACCUGUGCUCAGAAAGCGUCGAACGUAAUCCUGCAUUUAACAUCAAAUCAAAGAUGUAUUAAAAACCCAGGACUAAUCGUGGAAAACGGCGUCAAACAGGCCAAUGUCCACGGGGAACGUAUUUUUAAUUAUUCAUUCAAAAUGAAGAAGCAAAGGGGCCAAAUGUUCCGGAGUUUGCUGACGUGUGACUUCGCACCUCACCACCGUGGCGCAUGGAAACACUUUGGGGGACGCGUCAAAGCGCAAUUUGGCACCGGCUGCCGGGGCUCCGAUAAAUAGGGGCUUCCUGGCUUUCAGCCUCACAUCCCCUGAGGACUUUACGCAGGACUGACAACCACGAGGAGCCAUGGACACUUACUCUACUAACGGUGGAUUAACUUCUGUUUUCGCCGGAGGCAAUGUUACCCAGCAGCAGCAGCAGCAGUCCGAUUUGUGGAGACCGUGGACUGGGACCGACGGGAAAAAACCCGACGCACACAGGAUGAAUUCCGUACAUGGAGACCUCUCUGGUGCCAAGUCCCAAAAAGCUCCUCACUUCACUCACCCAGUGAAGUUGUACUGGCCGAAAUCCAGAUGCUUCGAUUACAUGUACCAGGACGCAGAAAUGCUCCUGCGCAACUAUCCGGUCCAAGCGACCAUCUGCGUCUACGAGGACUCCAGCAGCGACGAAGACAGCGACGACGAAGAGGAGGAGAUGGACAAGGAGCUGAACUAAAUGUCCCCCCCUCGAAAUCUUAGAAGACAAUCCUUUGCCUAAUGUGAUAAUAUAUAAUUCUCUUAAUUUAUUCCUGUAAAUAUAUAUGUAAAUACAUCCUUUUUUAUUUCUAUAUACCAAAAAAGAAUGCCAAAUGCUUAAGUUAUUCAUUUUCUACCUCGUUUGUAUUUUGUUGAACAUCGCAA